UCCAUUUUUAUAAUCUCAGAAAUGUGUUUGAUGAUCAAACGAACCAAACAUCAUGUGAUAUUGGAAUCAUAUCGAGUUCGCAACAAAUCUUUUACAGAGAUUGAAAAGACUGCAAAACUGCUCUACUUUGUGAAUUCAUCAGCAUCAAAUUUAGGAAGAUCUUUAAGUGCAUAUCUAGAUGGAACUCAGCUAUCAUUUGCUGAAAUUGAAACAAAGGUUGCACCUACACUGUUUCUAGCACUUACAACUAUUCCUCAAGUAUCACAAGUUUCAUACAUAGGACUUGAUGGUCUCAUGUUCUCAUUCUACAAUGACAAUGAUCAAACACUCGCAGUAUAUUCCAAUACUUCACAUUCUUCAUCCUGGUAUGCUAAGCCAGUAAACCGUGACACUGGAAAGUUAUAUGGAAAUCCAGUUGCCUUAGAUUCUAUGUUAACAGUAAAUUCGAGUUGGUUUCAGAAGGCCUUGAAUAGCACAAGUGGGUACUCCUCAGUACGGACUGGGUGGAACAAGGCUCAGGAUACCUUAAUUCUUAAUGCUGUUGCUAUGGAUGGAAGGGGUGUGAUCUCUCUUGGAUUUCCAAUAACAAUAGUGACCGAUCAUUUUGCAGCACUUGAUUUUCAUGGGGGGUUUCUUCACUUGGGUUCAGAGGAUGGGCAGGUGAUCAUGAAAACAAAUCUUCCAGACACACAAAUAGAUGUAUAUAACAGUUCAGCUGUUGUGCAAGUGUUUAAACCAAAUGGUGGCCUUAUGCGUCAGGAUAAUUUGUUAUGCAGCUCUGAUUAUGGAAAACUAAGACCUCACACUCUGAAGAUUUUGGGAAAUAAGUACAUGUUCUAUUGUUCUACCUUGGAUAUCGCUGGAAUUCAUUCGGUGUAUGUAUUGGCCUAUCCCGGAUAUGGGUUGGCGGACCUGGUCCACAGAAACAGCAGGUUAUCGAUCAUGCUUCUAUCAAUAGUGCUUGUAUUGGUAAUUGUCUCCCUUUGCAUGUACAUAUUCUUGACUGCAAGGGCAACAAAAAGAGAGAUGUUUCUAUGUGCUGCACUGAUCAAGCAAACAGAAGCAACUCAACAAGCGGAGCGAAAAAGUAUGAACAAAACCAAGGCUUAUGCUGGUGCAAACCAUGAUGUGCGCGGCUCUUUGGCAGCUAUUACGGGUUUGAUAGAACUUUGCCAGGAAGAUGCUAAACCAGAAUCUGAGUUAGCAGCAAAUUUGAUGCAAAUGCAAAAUUGCACUAAGGACCUCUUAGGCAUAUUGAACUCAAUCCUGGAUAUGAGUAAAAUUGAAGCUGGGAAAGCAUCACUUGAAAAAGAAGAUUUCAACUUGUCCCAACUGCUUGAAGAUGUAGUUGAUAUGUAUUAUCCUUUGGGCAUGAAGAAAGGUGUAGACGUUGUACUCGAUCCUUGUGAUGGCUCAAUUCUAAAAUUACCUUUGGUGAGAGGCGAUCGAAUAAAGAUCAAACAGAUCUUGUGCAACUUGGUCAGCAAUGCCAUAAAAUUUACAACUGAUGGUCAUGUCUCGGUUCGUGCUGUCGUCAAGAAAAACAAUUUUAAGAAAGAGAUUAUUGCUUCUAAUCGUACUAAUGCUUUGAAAUUUUUAUCAUGGUUUUGUCACCGAAAUAAGAAUGCUUUUACUGAUCUUGAUGCCUUCCAUUCGGUUGAAGAAAACCCAAAUGAAUUGGAAAUUGAGUUUGAGGUAGAUGAUACAGGCAGGGGAGUUCCCAAAGAUAAGCAAAAAUCUAUCUUUGAAGACUAUGUUCAAGUGAAGGAAACAACUAUUGGACAAGAAGGCUGUGGAUUAGGACUUGGCAUUGUUCAAUCUUUGGUACGCGUAAUGAAAGGAGAAUUGAGAAUUAUUGAGAAGGAGCCUGGAGAAAGAGGUACUUGCUUCAGGUUCAAUGUUUUUCUUUCUACAAGUGGAGCUGAGUUUCUUGACACUGAAGAAAAUCGCCCCUCCAGUGGAUUCCAUCAGCAUUUUUAUUUCAUGUCACCUAAACCAGAAGGGUCCCAUGUGAUAAUGUUCAUGGCAGGCGAAGAAAGGAGAAAAGUUUUAAAGAAGUAUAUUGAGAGCUUGAACAUAAAAGUGACCAUUAUUAAGCACUGGAGAGGUUUUCCCUUCAGCCUGGAGAAAAUCAAGCGAAAAUUGGAAGGUUGUUAUUUUAGUGCAGGAAAAUCUGAGUCAAAUUUAUUUGAAUACUCGAGCACGUCUGCAUCCAGUAAUUCGGAUAUGAACAGUAAGCCUCUAAGCAUCAAGGAUGGAACUGAUCAUAUUCUUCCACAAUAUAGAAACACGAACUCCAAAAUCUCUUCUGGAAUCAUACUAUUUGUGAUUGAUUCAAAUGCUGUUAGUAAUCAUGCUGAUGAACUUCACUCAACUCUGGCUAACUUCAGGAAAGACAUUCCAAAAUCCUUGUGUAAGGUUGUGUGGUUAGAUGAUAGAAUGGUAAGGCAAUCAGGAUUUCAAGAGCAGGACAGGCAGAAUCCAGAAGGCGAUUAUGUGAUAUAUAAACCAUUACAUGGUUCGCGUUUAAUUGAGGUGCUAUCACUGCUUCCUGAACGCAAAUGCAGCUUCUCAAACCGUGUAAUAGGAUCAACAGUUGAAGAAAUCCACACAUCCGAAGAUCCUGAGCAAAAGGGUGCAUCCCAAUGUAGCUUCUCCAAGUGUGUAAUGGGAUCAACAGUUGAAGGAGUCCACCUCUCCGAUGAUCCUGAACACAAGGCUACAUCCCAGUGCAGCAUCUCACAGUGUGUAAUGGAAUCAACAGCUCAAGAAAUCAACACUGAAGAUCUGAAUCUUUUGAAUCGUUCCAACUCAUCAGUAUCUCAUACCAGCUCACUCCAGCAGAUAGUGAUACAUAAACAGAGAGAUAACAAACCAUUGGAUGGGAAGAGGAUUCUAGUUGUUGAAGACAAUGAUUUAUUGAGGCGGUUGACUGCAACUAGUCUCUGCAAACUUGGAGCAAAUGUUGAAAGAUCAACCAAUGGAGAAGAGGCUCUAAAUCAAGUCUGUAAAGCUUUGAGUGAUCAAAAGAAGGAAGGGGAUUCAAAAUCUCUUCCUUAUGAUUAUAUUUUCAUGGAUUGCGAGAUGCCAAUAAUGAACGGAUAUGAAGCAACAAGACUGAUAAGGAUAGAGGAAAAACAAUAUGAUGUUCAUAUUCCAAUUAUUGCAUUGACAGCCCAUGCAAUGCCUGAGGAAGCAAGCAAGAGUUUUGAUGCUGGAAUGGAUUUCCAUUUGACUAAACCUUUGCAAGUAGAUAAAUUGAUGGAUGUUAUUCAGUCACCUCAUAAACAAUGAAAUAUUUCUUCUUCUUUUUUUUU